AAGCGGGCGGUUGGAGCGCGGGCCCGGCGGGGCUGCCGGCGGCGCUGGGGAGGGCCUGAGGCUGCGCUGUCCUUUUCCCUGAGGGUAGCGGGUGCCUCUGGCUUGGGCUGUGGUUGUGCUCCGUUUCUGGGGUGCAUCACCUCAGAAAGGGCUCCCCGGCUCUGCCUCGGGGCUGCCGCGCCUGCUGUCUGAUUCGCUGUAGAGUGGAAAAGUAGCCAGGGAAAAGUUGUUAUUAAGUGUUAACAAAGCCUUCAGUUGGUGCGAGGAGAAUGUAAAAGGAGUGGGUGCUGCUACAUAAUGUAGUGAUAAGCAGGCAAACUGGGGCAUGUAGUAUCAGAGACUUACCCAGAGAGCAAAAUCAAAAACUGCUAUCCAUCUCGAGAUGGAAGAACCAGUGCUUGAUAAAUUGCCAUCUUUGUGCUGUACUCCAAAGGCUUCUGGGACGGCAGCUCCACAGGGGACUAGUUCAGGGAAACAGCCAAUGAGUGCAGCUUUGAGGGAGCGAUUAAGGAAAACAAGACGUUCAUUUAAUGCUAAUUUUACAGUGGCAAAGCGGCUCAAAGUAGACACUGAAGAAAAAGACUGUUCUCAUGUUGACAAAGGUUGCCUGCCAAAGACAAGUACAGAUUGUUCCAGAUUACAAGAUGGUUCUGAAAGUCCAGAAGGAAGCAGCACUGGACAUGCAUGUUUCAAAAGUCCCUUACAGGAGAGUGGUCUCUGUGUAUCAGCAGAGAAUUCUGAUGUGCUACAGGUUGAUGUUAGUCAGCAGCAGUCCCUGGAAGAAAAAGUAAGACUGGUGAAACAAGUACAAGAGAAGGAAGAACUGCUUCGAAGGCUUAAGCUGGUUAAGAUGUAUCGAUCUAAGAACAACCUGUCUGAACUGCAGGCUUUGAUAGUGAAAUGGAGAAGUAGCACCCAGCUGAUGCUGUAUGAACUACAGUCAGCCUUUUCUGCAGAUGGCAAGAAAGUGAGUCUCACUCAGCUGAUAGAUAGUUUUGGAUUAGAAGACCAGUUAUUGCACUACAGCAGAGCAGAAGAAGAUUUUGUAGAUGCAUAAUCUGCAGGUGCAAAGCUUUCAAUUACAUGCACACAAAAGCAGAAAAGACUGAAUGAAUUCUGAUCACCGAAGUGUUGAUCAGACGGUGGACUUCAUGCUUUGAGGUUAGGAGGUUUUCUCAGGAGGUAUUUGUGAAGCUAUGUACAGCAGGCACUGUAAAAGGCAUUACCUAAUGGAAAAGAUUGAACUCAUGCAGUUUUGGAAAACCUGGCUUAACUUGAUCGGUAAGUUGUUAUUUAAUAAGAUUAAAUCAAGUCCUACUUUAACAGGUAGAAGGCAGUCCAUUCUUUGAUUAGUCUUUGCAUGGUUACUCGUCUUGAAAUAAUGAACUCUAUUUGUCAUUUAUGUUGAUAUUCAGACGGAGAAGAGUGCAGUUCUUUGUUCACAGACACAUCCCCAUUUUACAAAUGUCUUUCUGCUGUCAGUUAAUAACAGCAUUUUGUGAGUUAAGUAAAGAUAACUAAUUUUCAUGUUGUUAAUAUCCUGAUGCUGCAAUGAGAUGUUUUCAAUAGCUUUAUUACUGAGGGAAAUGGGCCAUAAUGCAGUUAUUUUCAGAUAGUGGUCCAGACAUUUGUCUUCAGGGAAGCUGUCUCUUAAACAUUCUGUAGCAGCCUGAGAUGAUAGAAGGGUACGCAAGAAAAUUGCAACUAACAUCUGUCUACUCUACUACUUCAUGUGAGAGCCAAGGUGUUUUCUCUCUUCAAAUAAAUAAGAAAACCAAGGCCUUGUCUAAUGGGAGUGCUUCAAAUAUAGCAUCAUAAAGCUGAAUAAAACUUAAGCAUUUCACUUAUCCUCCUA